CAGAGCUGGUGAAAGAAGCCAAAACUGGGAAGACGGUCCCAGAGGAGGUGGUGAAGAUGAUCUUUUCCAACAUCUCCUCCAUCUACCAGUUCCAUGCUGAGUUCUUCCUGCCAGAGCUGCAGAAGCGCAUGGAGGAUUGGCACCGCAACCCCCGCAUCGGAGAUGUCAUCCAGAAGCUGGCACCCUUCCUCAAGAUGUACGGGGAGUACGUCAAGAACUUCGACAAGGCCGUGGAGCUCAUCACUGCCUGGUCAGAGAAAUCACCGCCCUUCCAGGAGCUCAUUGCUGACAUCCAGAAGAGGAAGGUCUGUGCUAACCUGACGCUGCAGCACCACAUGCUGGAGCCUGUGCAGAGGAUCCCGCGCUACGAGCUCCUCCUCAAGGAUUACGUGCGGAAACUCCCGCCCCAGUCCCCCGACAGGGGCGAUGCUGAGAAGGCCCUGGAGAUGAUUUUUAUGGUGGCCAAGCACUCCAAUGCAGCCAUUGCUGAGAUGGAACGGCUGCAGAACCUCUGGGUGGUCUAUCAGAGGCUGGGCCUCGAGGAUGACAUCGUGGAUCCCUCCAAUGAGCUGAUCAAGGAGGGGCCAAUCCAGAAAAUCUCCACCCGCAACAACAGCACGUCGGAGAAAUACCUGUUCCUGUUCAACAACAUGCUGCUCUACUGCGUGCCCAAGGUCAUCCAGGUGGGCGCCGAGUUCCAGGUCCACCUCCGCAUGGAUGUGGGGGGCAUGAAGGUGCGGGAGCUGAAGGACACUGAGUUCCCUCACACCUUUCUGGUUUCAGGAAAGCAGCGGACACUGGAGCUCCAAGCCAGGUCUGAGGAGGAGAUGAACGACUGGAUCCAGGCCUUCCAAGAUGCCAUUGACAGGAAGGAGAAGAGGAGUGAGACCUUUAAGACAGCAGUCCAUGGACUGGAGACAGACACCCCUGCACUGAAGGUGGUGUGUGCUCGCUGCUCUGACUACAAGGCUGAGCUGCAGUACGAUGGGAACCGCCCCAACCGCGUCUGCCAGGAGUGUUUCAUCUUCCUCACCGGCCACACGGUGCUGGAGGACCGCGAGGGGAAGCACAAAGGCAUCCUGGAGAAAGGAGCUGCAGAGGUAUCAAGCAGGAGUUUGCUCUGCAGUUCCCUGCAGCUGCUGGACAAGAACGGCAAGGGGGGCACGCGGGGCUGGUUCGUGAUCCCACAGGACGAUCCCCUCGUGCUCUACAUCUAUGCAGCCCCCCAGGACGUCCGAGCCCACACCUCCAUCCCCCUGCUGGGCUACCAGGUGCGGGACCUGCCCCAGAGCGAGUGCCGGCACCUGUUCCAGCUGGUGCAGUCCCGGCAGGUGUUCACCUUCGUGGCCGACACCGAGGAGCUCAAACGGCGCUGGAUGAAGGCCAUGGCGCGCUCUGCUGCGGGGAUCACCGAGGAGGAGGAGGAGGAUGAAGAUGAAGCAGAAUGAGGCCAUUCCCAGCCCUGUGCUGCCUUGGGGGGUCACACUCCCCCUGCCUGCUCUCACUGCUGCCUUUGGGCACCCCUGACAUCGCUGCGUUCUGGAUUUCCAUCGCCAUGGGGCAGGAUGGGGACGCGUUUGCCAGCACAUGGACAAAGCUGGGAUCCCCUUUUGCUCCCUGCUCACUCUCCGUGCUGGACAGAGCCCCUAGG